CCGCGCUGCAACCGGACGCGUUAAACACAAAUUCCCUAAUAAAUUAAAUCAGAGUGUCGCAUAUCGGGAGCCGGAGCGGCAGCGAGCGGCGCAUCGAUGCUGCAUGUGGCCUCUGAACCCAUUGUUGUGUCGCGGCUGACGUCAGUGCCGUGUGUGCGGCAGACGGAGCGGCGUACGCCUUGUGAGACAAAGGCGGCGGAGCGAGCGGGGUCAGGCGGCAGCACCGAGCGGAGCAGAGAAUCACUGGUUUAUAACUCAAAGGGAACUCCCAGCCUCGGGUUUCAGCCACGCUUCUCACUGACGAGACGGAGAAUGAAGACUCAGCGGCCCUCCUAGGAGCGUGCUGUGGCCGUCCGGGAAGACAAAACAACAUCGGUGCCCCCUUUUUGCUUUUUAACGUUUUUUCCCCCUUCUCCAACGCCCCCCAUUUAGCUUGGCUAGUUAGCUGUCGCGCUAAGCUCAUUGCGCUGCACUGAUCUCCUCCUCCUUUCUUGCUGCUUCUCGUCUUUCCCUCAAGACUGAACGACAGGCGAAGAAAGGAUAUCAGCGGUCAGAUAAACUGAAGGUGAGAUCACUCCUAACAAACUGGCAUCCGUGAUCUGAUGUGAGAUCCACGGAGAGACUAUGCCUAGCCCUUUAUUUCACCCCGAGAUAAUGGACCACGACGUGGUGAUCAGCAGCCAGCACAGUGGCGUGGCUCUGCCCCGGGAGACGGACCAGGACUCCCGGGAUGAGGACCACCAAGAAGUUCUCCGCUUCGCCCUGGACCAGCUGUCACUCAUGGCCAUGGAUAAAGUGGACUGUGGGGGCAGCGGCGGUGGAGGCAACGGGCUUGCGGACACUCUGGACGGGACCCAGGGUCCGGGCUCUGAGAGCUGCAACGGCGUGGGCGGAGGGGGCUACGUGGAUCUGCAGAUGCUGGAGCAUCCCAGCGGGUCCCGGGACUCGCCGACGUCCUGCUCUCCUUCUCCGGAGUACUACGGCUCGGGCGGGUACCACAUGGCCGGGUCCCACUCCAUGCUCCACGGGGAACAAAGCUCCGUCCUCUGCAACAGGAAAAGAAGCGUGAACAUGACGGAAUGUGUGCCUGUCCCCAGCUCCGAGCAUGUCGCUGAAAUAGUGGGGAGACAAGGUUGUAAGAUCAAGGCCCUGCGUGCCAAAACAAACACCUACAUAAAGACUCCAGUCAGAGGAGAGGAUCCGGUCUUCAUCGUGACGGGGCGCAGGGAGGAUGUGGAAAUGGCCAAGCGUGAAAUUGUAUCUGCAGCCGAGCAUUUCUCCAUGAUCCGGGCGUCUCGCUGCAAAGCUGGAGGGCCAGGCGGAGGAGGCUCUCUGCCCGGCCCUCCUCACCUACCGGGACAGACCACCAUACAGGUGAGGGUCCCCUACAGAGUGGUUGGUUUAGUCGUGGGGCCGAAAGGAGCAACCAUCAAGCGCAUCCAGCAGCAGACUCACACCUACAUCGUGACCCCCAGCCGAGAGAAAGACCCCGUCUUCGAGGUGACGGGAAUGCCGGAGAACGUGGACAGAGCGAGAGAGGAGAUUGAGACCCACAUUACCCUCCGAACUGGAACCUUUGUCGACCUUCAGGGAGACAACGACUUCCACACCAACGGGACCGACGUUAGUCUAGAAGGCCUCGGCUCCCUCAGCGGGGGUCUCGGGGCGUCUCUCUGGUCCAGAGCCACAAGCCACCACCCUGCCCCUCCUCCUCCCCCUCCCUCCCCACCGCCAUCUCUUCCCAUGUCCAUGCACCACUCCUCCAGCCGGAAGAUGUCCUCUUCGGUCGCCUAUCACACGCACAACGGCGGCAUGAGCUCAGACAGCUUCAGCUCCAACAGGAAGCCCGCCGAGGGCGGCAGCCCCACCAGUCCUUUCAGCACAGGCUCCAGCAGCGCCGGAGGCGGCUUCACCUUCGGAGGCGACUCCACCCCGGGACUCGCUUCCUCGGACGAAUUGGGCUUCGAGUUCAGUGCUUCCAAUAUCUGGGCGCCUUUUGUCAACGGCGGAGCCGGGAGCAAGACCUCCGCGUCUUCUCAACCGCAGCAGCCCCUGCGCCGCAACAGCAGUGGCCUGAGCGGCGGCGCCAUCACCCCGCGGCUGUCUCCAACCCUGCCUCAGGAGACGGGCGUGGGCCCGCUGGACCACCCGCUGGCCCGCCGCGCCCAGAGCGAUCCCCUCAGCACUCUCUCCUGGCUGCAGUCCGGCAGCACGGGCGGCGGCUCCUUCUCUGGUGCGUCCAGCUCCAGCUCCGGUGGCUCGUCGACCGGCUACUCCUCCUGCUCGGCCUCGUCCCUGCCCGGCGGCUCGCCCACCGACUCCGAGGGAGGUGGCAGCAACGUGGGCAUCACCUCCGGGAUGCUGAGCCGCCUCAAAGGCAGCUCCGGGGUGGCGGCACUCGUCGGCGUCGGCCCCGGCGUCAACAGGGACUGCUUUGUGUGUUUCGAGAGCGAGGUGACGGCGGCCCUCGUGCCUUGCGGCCACAACCUGUUCUGCAUGGAGUGCGCGGGGCAAAUCUGCCAGUCGGCCGAACCCGAGUGCCCCGUCUGCCACACUCCGACCACACAGUGCAUCCGCAUCUUCUCCUAAUGCCACGGGCAGCUGAGUGGGUGGAGCGGGGUUAGGUAGCGGGGUGUGGGUGGGGAGGCAGACGGGCACCAGCUGUGGUGGAGGAAAUGGAAGGAAUCACACUAAUAACCUUCACACAGAUGAUGGACCAUAUUAAAUGCAUUAAUAGAGAUGAUGAUACUUUACGGAUGUUGAUAUAUUGCUGAUAACUGUCAAGAUGAAUAAUACCAAUAAUAAUAAUAAUAAUAAUGACUUAUUUUCCGAGGGAAGUGGAUUGAAACUUGUCUGCAGACAGUCGGGGCUCAGACAGUCUCUCAGCGGUGAACUUAUGGAAGGAAACUAGUGUCUUAUAUCUCUUCAGGCCUUCAUUUCGACGUGGAGUGGCCCCUCCGCGGGCCGCCUGCCCGCCUGUUCGUCUCCACGCGUCUUCAUUCUGGCUUCUUCAGAUCUCUGCCUGCUUUUCUCUCUCUCUCUCUCUCUCUCUUGCUCUUGCUCUCUCUCUCUCUGUCUCACAGCCUUUUUUCCUUUUGACACUUUUGUACUUAACAGAUAUUUUUCGAUAAAGCUGUCAACGAGGCCUGCACUUUUCUACUCCUCAUUUUAACGCCCUCGACCCCCCUCCCUCCUCCCCGAUUGUCCUCCGCGCUCUUUCGCUCGCUCAUGCUAUAAAAAAUGUUUUAUUCCUUUUGUGACACAAAGUGGAAAUGGUUCUUGGAACAUCCUUAUUCUUUACUUUUAGGUUGGCAUGUUUGUCAGGCACCUAUUGGAAAACACUACACUUCUCGAGGAACCUCUUCAGGAUGAAUUCUCAAUGCCACACAAUACUUAGCCAUCCGAUAAAUAAGCCAAAUGAUUACUGGAAACAUGCUCCUCGAUUCAGUUUGGUAACACGUUGGGUGAAAUUUGGAUGAGUCCUUGCCGCAUAAUUAGUGCGGCUGUUUAUUAUUCUGUAAUAAGUGAGAAAUGUACCAUUUUUAGCGACGCUGACGGCCUGUGAUUGUGGUCGGUUUGUAUGUUUAGACUGCCUGACAAUCCCUUCACAUCUCGUGUUUGUGUUGGUGUGAUGCCCUAUCGCACCAGUGCAUCGUCACCCGGAGAGGGCGCCGUUUCAUUCGUCUGAUCCAAAUCGUGUCUGUUACACUUAGAUCUACUCGUUUUUUAGUGUUUUUUUUUGUUUGUUUGUUUUUCUUUUAGUAGUUUAUGACUCUUGUCUGUGUAGUGUGUGGGUAACAUAUUUUGAACUCUACGACGAGACAGGGCUUUGAUGUCACAUGAGAAUGUUAAGUCCAACACGGUUUAGGAGAGAAGACGAACAAGGGGCUUGAAUUUUAGUUUUCGCGCACUGUAAUCCCUUUGUUAAAAGAAAAACAAAAAAGAGAAACAGCUCUUACUGUUUUCGUUUCCGUCUUCCACCCCUCUCGGACAGCAAAGCUGUCUCUCUCAGAUGACACUGUUGUAAUUAUAUAGAUGGAUUCAACGUCACUCCACUUCCUUCUCCCGCAAAUGGCUCCUCCCCCUUUUGGGGGCGGUGGCGGAGAUGGAACAGUUUGAAUGGGAGUAAAUGGAUCUCUUCGGGGGCUUAUAUGAUAAAAGUGUAAAAUAAGCAAAUGUUGAUUGUUGGUAUUAGGUGUUGCGUCUACGGAGACGUACGUUGUACAGAAAACCUUUUAGCUUAACGAGCCUAAAUAUCGUGACUGUAGCUGGCCUCGACUGAAGUCUAUAAAAGGAGUAUUGAAGCUUCAUAUCUACCAGCAGUUCUUGCAUUAACGGCGCCUUGGGUGAGCUCAUCUUCCUGCCGCCACAUAGCCAAUCAAAACGCAGGAAAUCCUCUAAUUUCGAGGGGAGUCCCAACCCCCCCACAAAGGAUGUGACUGGUCUCCCAUCUCUCAGCGGCAACCAGGGGGAGCCAACUCUCUGCUGACUACACAUGCAUGACAGCCAUAGAAAACCCAAGAUAAGUUGUAUCUUAUUUUCUUAUCUCUACUUAAAAAAAAAAAAAUUGUCUGCUUUCAUGGCUCGUAUUUUAGAAACUGAGGCUUUGUAGACAUAACGUCUUGCAUUUUCCAGGUAAUUAAUGUUCCAUGUGAUUUAGAAUGAUUGUUACUUAAUGAUUAAAAGGAAUAUUUCAUGUUUAACUAUUGUAUUUUACAGAUCAAGUAUCUCAUGAAUUAAAAAUAUAAUUUAGAACAAAUGACAACUAAAAAAAAUAUAUUUUAAAUGCUCAGUCCUAAAACGUACUGGUUCGCCUCAACGGAGGCUGGCUGAAGUGAUAAAUGUAGCGUUACCAAUUGGCAACAAGAAGCACUCUAGUAUAAUGUUUGACCUCGUCUGAAAUGGUAUCCAAGCACCUAAAACUAAAAGAUAUUUGUUUAUUUUAUGCUUUUAUUGUACCCUGGACCCCAGAAGUUCUUCGACUCCCAUCGACUUUCCAUUACUCCCCCAAAGGGGCCCGAAGUACCCGGAUGUGUUAAAUCUAUCUAUACAGCGCUGUACUCUCCACAAAAUGUAGUGCACUAUAUAGUUAGUAGUUUGAGAUUCGUCCUGUGUUUCAUAGCAUUACUCCAAUAAGGCAGGCACGUCCUGUUUUGUGUUUGUGUUGUUUUUUUUUCCCCCCCCUUGGAGGAAAAAAAAAAAAA